UUUUAAAUGUGCAACAGUCAUACUCUCUUCUUUUGGAAAUAUGCUCCGUUAGCUUCUUUAUCACAGCAGAAAGAGUGAAAUGCAUUAACGAUGGAUAGCUACCGUCUUUCUUGUUACUUUAGUUUUAGUUAUUGCUGAAUAAUCGAUACUGUAUGGAAGUGUUUGUAUCUAAAGUUAAGUAACGCCACGUUUAAGUUGCAUAUUUGGUAGUGACACGAUGUUCUGCUGUGCGAGGGUCAACGUUAAUUCUAAUAGACGUUUGAAACAGCUGUUGACAAAGCAUUAUUUAUCCAGCAGCUGUCCAUCAAACCGCCAGGUUGCAUGGAAACUAUUUAGUUUCCCUCCUGCGUACUUGACGGUCAGGAUAACGAUGAUGCGAUUUGAUGUCAAACAGCUGUUUAAUGGACAUUAAGUGAAAAAUCUCUAGCCUGGAUUUGCGAAUAAUCGAGCAAUGUGUACAGAAUGCUCAUUGAAACCACAACGAUCGUCUGUAGCUUGCUCUACUGGGGAAACACGUGAUUUGACUCAAGUCUACAUGAUCGUGUCAAUCAUAUUCUGCAUAUCUGUGUUACAGCUCAUAUUAAUGUGACUGUUUUUUCACAGGUGGUAUUGAAUUAAGCCAAAGCGUAUCUGUUCCCUCUCUAUUUUGAUUCUGGCCAAGUGGGUAUUGUUCUACAAAUGGAUAAUGGAGACUGGGGCCAUAGGAUGAGUUCUCCUGUUACAUUGAAUGUGGGGGGCUGCCUGUACACCACCAGUUUAUCCACCCUGCAGCGCUAUCCGGACUCCAUGCUGGGCGCCAUGUUCAGGGGGGAUUUCCCCACCACCCGCGAUUCCCAAGGGAAUUACUUCAUUGAUCGCGACGGGACGCUUUUCAGGUACAUCUUGAACUUCCUGCGGACGUCCGAGCUCACCCUCCCCCUGGACUUCACGGAGACGGACCUCCUGAGGAAGGAGGCGGACUUCUACCAGAUCGAACCUUUGAUCCAGUGCCUCAACGACCCCAAGCCGCUGUACCCUCCCGACAUCUUCGAGCAGGUCGUGGAGCUCUCCAGCACCCGGAAACUGUCAAAGUAUUCAAACCCGGUGGCGGUCAUCAUCACGCAGCUGACCAUAACCACGAAGGUUCACGGCCUGCUGGAAGGCAUCUCCAACAACUUCACCAAGUGGAACAAACACAUGAUGGACACCAGGGACUGCCAGGUGUCGUUCACUUUCGGACCAUGUGACCAUCACCAAGAGGUGUCCCUGAGGGUUCUGCUCAUGGACUACAUCAUGAAACAAGGCUUCACCAUCCGUAACACGCGCGUGCAUCACAUGAGCGAGCGCGCCAACGAGAACACGGUGGAGCAUCACUGGACUUUCUGCAGGCCGGCUCACAAAGUCGAGGACUGAACUGCGGGGGACAUUACUGUUUAAUUUGUCUCCAUAUUACACAGGCCAUGAUCAAAAAAGGAACUUAUUUUGAUCUCUGUUUUUUAGAUCAAAGAUCAAGGUCCAGACAGAAGGCAUAAAAAUAAUGAAAUGGGAAUUAUGAUUUAGUCUCCUGUUGUAGUGUAAGAAAAACAAAUGAUCUGUGCUUCCACUAAUUUGACACUAAUUUCAUGAAGACCCUAUAGCAAUGUUUCGAUUAUGAUUGUAUUUAUUUUAUUACGCUCAAAUGAUGCUAAAGAUGUUGGUUCUUUUCUUUUUAUAUUUAAUGUUCUACCGAUACCAUCAUCUGUUUAUAUGAAAGAUAAAAUGCUCAUAAACGGGUGGCUGUGGUCUGAGAUUGUUUACAGACAAACUGAAGAAAAUCAAAAAUUACUUUAUUUUAGAUCUCAAUUUGAUUAUCUUUAGCCCAACUAACAGUAGAUCUUGAAGUUAGCUCUCUUGUUUCCUAGUACGAUACUAUAUCUGUAGGCCCCAGUCGUCGUCGCAUGUGUCUUAAGUGUCCUGUGUUGGAGUUUAAUUGUGCGCUUUUUCUACAUCAUGAUGUUCUAGUUAAGAGUUCAUUUCAACGAUGUGUUUGGUCAUUCCAGCUAAAAUAAAUCCAUUUGUGAGUCAUGAGUUCAGUUUUA